GUUUGGUUUCCAAUAGAAAUUCGAGAAAAUUAUUAGACGUCUGAUAGACUUAAGAACAUGACAGUUAUACAUCACUAACGUGAUAUACGCAUUUCAUAGUUUCACCUCUGUGAAAAUCAAGACAAGUUUUUACUUGCAUUUAUGUGCCACCAAUUUCUUUGUUGACACGUGUGCGUUUUAGCAUUUUAUAUUGACUGGCCUAGAUGAUUUAAUCACCCUCUCAUUGUUAUCUUCAUAUGGAUUUUUUAUUUAAAUCCCGUAUUUUGAACUCUGAUUUAUUGCUGCAAAGUCAAGCUGGUCGCCGUACUGCGCAUGUAGGAUCGGGGGAUCGUGAGAGCCUCUGCAGGGAAGAUGAACCAUCAGGGAAAGAGGCGAGGCGAGGACGGCUUUGCUGCUGUGAUUGACUUCUUGCUGGCCAAUGCCCGGCUGGUGCUGGGGGUAGGCGGAGCAGCAGUGCUGGGAAUAGCCACCCUGGCUGUCAAGCGGCUGAUCGAACGUGCCGGCAGACCUCCGGAAGAUGAGAAGGCGGAUCAGAAGGCGAUGGACAGCUGGGAGGAGCUGAGCCUGGUCAGUGCCUCUCCGAAACUGCUGAAGAAGGGUAUCGAGGGGGUGGUCAUGAAGCAGAUCGUGGCCGCAGCUAAGGCCCAGAAAGCGGAGUUAAACAGGCCCGUUAGUGUGGCAGAGAAGCCCAAGGCCGCAGAAAAGGAGUUCCUGUGCCUCACUCUUCAGGAGAAGUUACAGCGCUACUACCAGACCCAGGUGGUUCUCUCCGUGGAGGACGUGAGCCGAGCCCAGCAGCAAGCUUUGGACAUCUGCACAGAAAUCCAGGGCUUCCUCCACUCCAAGCACCCUGACAUGCCCCUGGGAGACAUGCAUUUGGGCGGCUCCUUGUUGGACGAUUUUCAGGUCAUGGUGGCGGACCACGCCUGCCUCCUGGUGCCCUUGCAGGUCGAGGACUCUCUCUGGGCGCUGAUUCCAGGAGAGGAGACGAUCCUCGGAAACCCCCAAUUCUGGAUGGUGCGUCGAAAGAACCUGGAGUACUUUCCACGUGGGCGAAGUUUCUGGGACAGGUUCUUAGUGGGAGGCUACCUUUCCUCGAAGCUGAUCACCGAAGUCCUUAACAAGACUCUGAUGGAGACCAUGAACUGGCCAUCAAUCAGCAGCACCGUGGAGUGCCAGGUAAGGCCGGUUAUGGGGUCCCAGGAACUGAAGCUGGAGGUUUUGGGCCAGAACAGCAAGCUCUACAUCAGCAUCCUGCCCACUGUGUGUCUGAAUAACACCAUCCUAACUGCUCAGCUGGAAGUCACUGGCAAUUUUGACAACUUAUGGUACCAAAGCUUUUACACCUCCGAGACGGCGAAGCUCGCCGAACUGGACGAAAAGGACUGUGGUCUUCGAAAGAAGUGUGUGAAAACCUUGAAGGCGGUGUGCAAAAACAACCCCGCAUUGCAGAAGCUGUCCGGACGACACCUGAUAAAUCUAAUUUUACAUCUCAGUGAAAAGGAAUCCGAUUGGACAGAAGCUGCUUUUGCCGAUAGGUUUCAACAGGCAAUCAAAGAGAUGAUUGGCUACCUUGAAAUAUGGUGCCUUUCCAGUUACUUUAAAGAGAAUGUGAACUUGCUGUCUGAGUUUUCUGAGGAAGAAAUUGAUGAAAUGGGUUUUAUGUUGUACUGUGCCGUCUCUGAACCAGAGGUUCUGCUCCAAGCACUAUAGCUCUUUGAAUAUGUGUUCAUUUUACAUUAAAAACUGUGUCCCCUAACAAAUGUUCACCUAAAUAAAAUUAAAGUCUAUAUUUUUUUAAUUUUGCCAAGUUGAAGUGUAAAUUUAAGUUCUUUGUUUACUGAAUUAUUUUUCUUGGAUGAAUUCUGCUUUUUCUUUUAGGUCAAGUGUCUUGUAGAUGAUAUUGUGGAAAUUAUUGAAAACAAAUUGUUUUACGAUAUAUUGAUAUCAACUUUGACUUUUCUUGCUAAGUUGAUUUGGCAGUUAAUUUUCAUUUAAAUGCCGCACAAAAUCACCAAUCUGUGCACUUUAUUGUUCUUUGUUAAAGUUCCUUGAUUUGAAUUCGGGGGAUGUAUCCUUUUCAUUCCUGUCCUUCAGGCAAACAGAUUUACAUAACAUAUAUGAAAUGUUGGACUAUUGAACAUACAUUUGUAAAAUUAAGUCUACAAUUCUUCAUGUACCACAGAAGUAAGUUUAAAAAAAAGCAUCUUCAUCAGAACCAAUUUUCACUAGUUCAUAAUUUUAUUCAAUGUUUUAAUUUUCAGUUAGUGUCUUCUGGAUUUUUAUACCUGUGGGGCAUAUGUUCAUAAGUGAAACACUUCUGCUUAACUGCAAUUAUGGUAACAUAGUAACACCAUUCAUGCACUAUUAAAAUAUACUAUUGUAUUGCACUUGGCUGGGAGUGUGUCGUUCCCUUUGCAGCAUCAGGAUAGCCACGACUUAUUGGAAACCAACAAUGUUUUUUUAAGGUUAAAUCUGGAGGGGUCUUCUACAAAAGUUUAAGCAAAUUUCCAACAAACACAGUUUAAAACUCUUUUUUUGGUUUUCAGUUUAUUUAGAAUAGUCGUUGAGUAGAGAAAUGUAUCAUACUCCGGGAAGGUAAUUUAAGGGAGGAUGUGUCUGUAAGAGUAACACUGUUGAAUAAAGCAGAUGAAUAGUAA